GGAUGGGCGGGUGCUUCCGGCUUGGGCCUGAGGCGCUGAGUGUCAGGUGACUGGCGCCGCCGCGCCCGCCCGCUCCCCUCAGCACCGCGACCAUGCCUACGACUCAGCAGUCUCCUCAGGAUGAGCAGGAAAAGUUGCUUGAUGAAGCUGUUCAGACUGUUAAGGUCCAGUCUUUCCAAAUGAAACGAUGCUUGGACAAGAAUAAGUUGAUGGAUGCAUUAAAACAUGCUUCAAAUAUGCUCGGUGAACUGCGAACCUCCAUGUUGUCACCAAAGAGUUAUUAUGAACUCUACAUGGCAAUUUCAGAUGAAUUGCAUUAUUUGGAAGUUUACCUGACUGAUGAAUUUGCCAAAGGGAGGAAGGUGGCUGACCUAUAUGAACUAGUUCAGUACGCUGGCAAUAUUAUUCCAAGGCUCUACUUGCUCAUCACUGUUGGAGUUGUCUACAUCAAGUCAUUUUCGCAGUCCAGAAAGGAUAUUCUUAAGGAUCUGGUAGAAAUGUGCCGUGGCGUACAGCAUCCAUUACGAGGGCUCUUCUUAAGGAACUACUUGCUUCAGUGUACCAGAAAUAUUUUGCCUGAUGAAGGGGAAGAGACAGAAGAAGUUGUAACUGGAGACAUCAAUGAUUCUAUGGACUUUGUGCUACUGAACUUUGCAGAAAUGAACAAACUCUGGGUGCGAAUGCAGCACCAGGGUCAUAGCAGGGACCGCGAAAAACGUGAACGAGAACGUCAGGAACUAAGAAUCCUUGUCGGUACAAAUCUAGUCCGACUUAGUCAGCUGGAAGGCGUUAAUGUGGAGCGGUACAAACAGAUUGUGUUGACUGGAAUAUUAGAACAAGUUGUAAACUGCAGGGAUGGUUUGGCUCAGGAGUAUCUAAUGGAAUGUAUUAUUCAGGUGUUUCCUGAUGAGUUUCACCUGCAGACGCUGAACCCAUUCCUUCGUUCUUGUGCUGAGCUCCACCAAAGUGUUAAUGUUAAAAACAUUAUCAUUGCAUUAAUUGACAGGUUGGCUUUGUUUGCGCAUCGUGAAGAUGGUCCCGGGAUUCCUGCUGACAUAAAGUUGUUUGACAUAUUUUCUCAACAAGUCGCCACAGUAAUCCAGUCAAGGCAGGAUAUGCCAUCCGAGGAUGUGGUGUCUUUACAAGUGUCUCUUAUCAACUUGGCCAUGAAGUGUUAUCCAGAACGGGUGGACUAUGUUGAUAAGGUUCUUGAAACCACUGUGGAUAUUUUCAACAAACUUAAUCUUGAACAUAUUGCCACGAGCAGUGCAGUUUCGAAAGAGUUAACACGGCUUCUGAAGAUUCCCAUUGACACCUACAAUAAUAUACUUACUGUCCUGAAGUUGAAACACUUCCAUCCUUUGUUCGAAUACUUUGACUAUGAAUCACGCAAAAAUAUGAGUUGUUACAUACUGAGCAAUGCUCUUGAGUACAACACAGAAAUAAAUGGUCAGGAACAGGUGGAUGCAAUACUGAACCUGGUAUCAACACUGAUUCAAGAUCAGCCUGAUCAGCCGGCAGAAGAUCCUGACCCAGAGGAUUUUGGUGAAGAACAAAGUCUUGUUGGUAGAUUCAUUCACUUACUUCAAUCUGAGGAUCCUGACCAGCAAUAUCUUAUUUUAAACAGUGCCAGAAAACACUUUGGUGCUGGUGGAAAUCAACGCAUACGUUAUACUUUACCACCAUUAGUUUUUGCUGCCUACCAACUAGCAUUCUGCUAUAAAGAGAAUUCAAAAGUGGAUGAAAAGUGGGAAAAGAAGUGCCAGAAGAUAUUUUCAUUUGCCCACCAGACCAUCAGUGCGCUGAUCAAAGCGGAGCUUGCAGAGUUACCUCUGCGCCUGUUCCUGCAGGGGGCGCUUGCAGCGGGCGACAUUGGAUUUGAGAACCAUGAAACUGUGGCGUAUGAGUUCAUGUCACAGGCAUUCUCAUUGUAUGAAGAUGAAAUCAGUGAUUCCAAGGCCCAGCUGGCAGCAAUCACAUUGAUAAUUGGAACGUUUGAGCGGAUGAAGUGUUUUAGUGAAGAGAACCAUGAGCCUCUGAGGACGCAGUGUGCAUUGGCUGCCUCAAAGCUGCUUAAAAAGCCCGAUCAGUGUCGUGCCGUCAGCAUCUGCGCGCACCUAUUCUGGUCUGGACGGAACACGGAUAAGAAUGGUGACGAGAUCCAUGAUGGCAAGCGAGUGAUGGAAUGCCUGAAGAAGGCUUUGAAGAUUGCAAAUCAGUGCAUGGAUCCAUCAUUACAAGUUCAGCUGUUCACUGAAAUCCUUAAUCGAUAUAUAUAUUUUUAUGAGAAAGAAAAUGAGGCGGUGACAAUUCAAGUCUUAAAUCAGCUUAUUCAAAAAAUAAGGGAAGAUCUUCCAAACUUGGAAUCCAGUGAAGAAACUGAACAAAUUAACAAACACUUUCACAAUACACUGGAGCACCUGCGCCUGCGAAGGGAAUCGCCUGAGGCCGACGGACCAAUUUAUGAAGGUCUCGUGUUGUAACUUAGCGUCACAUCAAAUUAUAGAUUCCAGAAAACAAAGUUAAAUCUCUAUCACUCCUCCUUCUCUGUCGUAGAUGGUUAUGGAAUGUGCCUUUUAGACAUGCCAAGACAAUAGGAUUGCCAUUGAAUUGUAUCAUAUUAUUUUCUAUCUAUUAACCAGUACUGUCCAGGAAGAACUAGUGAAAAAUUCAAAAUAUUUCAAGAUGUGAUUAAAGGAUAUUUUAUCUUUCAUAACAUGAUUAGUUCCUGUCCAUUUCAAUUUGAACAUAGAUUAAUCAUGAUGACUAAAUUGAUCUUUUAAUUUUUUUAAUUACAAUCCAGUUGCAAAAUCUCUUUGGUUGAAUUCCUGCACAUUGCCUAAGAAUCUAAGUAAACCACUGAUUUACUACGGUUUUUUUCCACUUUAUUUCAAAGUCAACACUGAAGUGGGAUAUUUACGCAAGCAAAAUGUUUUCUCGUGAUUCAGAUUACUUGGAUGGAGCAGUAAAUGUUUGUUAAGGAAUUGAGUCUAUGGAUUAGAUCACAUGAAUGUGGUUAAUUGGUACAGUCACGUCUGGAAAGAGUGUAAAAUUGUAACUUUGACAAAAUGAAAAAUGUCACCCAUCUGAAUAGAAAAACACAAAUAACAUUGUAAGUGUUAUAAGCAAGUUUCUUAUGUUGACUUAAUUAGUAAACAAUCCUUCAUAAUAUAUUGAUGUUGCUGUCUUCUUUAGAAGCAGGGUGUUUAUAAUCACCACACUAUUUGAUGACCUUCCUUAUAAUCUUUUAACACAAUUGUUGCAACAUUUUCCUAUUUUACAAAAUAUAUUGUAAAAUUCAAAACAAUUUAGCCAAUCAAAUCGGUGCACUGGAACGAGGAUAAAAUUCUUAAACUCUCAUUAAACAGGUUGUAUUUUGUGUUCCAUUGUGUAAAUGCAGUUGAACACUUUCACAUUGAAAUGAAGACUGUUUUGGGCAAGGAGACAUGCCUUUGAUGAAGUUUUCAAGUCUGGUUCAUUGUAUCUUACUUUUUGUUCAUCUCCUUUCCAACAUUUAAAAUGAAUAACAUAAUCUGGGAAUGGAGAGUCCCAAAGUUCAGCAUCUUUAUCCAAUAGUGUUUUCACCAAAGGGACCAUCUUUUUUAAAACUGGAACACAAGUAAAUUCCUACUUUUUUAACUGUGGCUCCAUUGACUCGGGUAAAACAUCAGGCAGGGUUUUUGAUCCAGUUUGCAGUCUAUAGACUCUGCUGUGAAUAGAAAUAUUUGGAGUUAAUUUGAGAAUGGAGUGUGUGAUUGCAAUGCCGCAAGUUGCUUGCCCUGCAAAACAUACACAAUGGCCAUUGAUGCGCUUUGGAUCACAGUUCUUACAGGAGCGGGUGGCACUGAAAGAGUUGACAGGGAUGAAGGAAGGGGAAAUUAUAACUUUAAACAAAAUAAUCCAAACUGUGUUAAAACUAGUAAGGUUCGAUGUCACAGUCAUGAUAAAGUCUUAAUCUGGAAGGUACUGACUUUCUAAUUCAACACUGAAUUAAUUGAAUACAAAUAGUUUCUAUAGAUUUGAGAGAACUAGUGGAAAAGAAAAUCCAACAAUCAAACUUUGGGCCUGGCAAAUGUCCUUUUUUAUUGAUCUCAAGAACUUGAAAGUGCAAACAUUAUAGAUAUGUCACAGUUCUACCUGCUUUAGUGGUUGAAUCAUGCUACAGGAAAUAUCAAUCUAACCAAAUUAUACAAAACUCAAAUGUAAUUCUUUUGACCGAUUUGUUUUAUGCUUGCAGAUGCAUGAUUCUGUUUCUGGUUAUUUUGACUAUCGGUAGGCAGUUAUUUUGUAUAUGGUGGUGCCUAAUUUCAUGUACAUUUGUUUUUAUAGGUACCUUUCUUUGUAGAAAUUCAUAACUGCCAAUUGUUUCUGUUUGUCCUCAUUAUGGUUUGUCACCCAAAUAGAAAAGGGGACCUGCCUAGUGAUUAUGAGAUAAAAGUAAACUGCACACCACUCUUUAAACAAAGUCAAAGUAAAGCAACAUUUCCCCCAUUGAAUAUGCUAAAUGUUUUCACUAUGUAGAUAAGAAAUGUGUUUCAGCAUUUUACAUCUUUAAGAAGCUACCAGAUAAAUCGCCUCCAAUUGAACAAGGAGAAACAUCGAUGGACACUUAAAUUCUCAAACCAGGGUAAUUCACAUGUUUGAACUUAUAAAGAACAACUUUAUUUUUCUUUUAAAGCUUUCCAAUUGUCUGUAAGUCUACAAAUGGCACACUUUUAGUAGUAUCUGCCUUGUAUUACACAGCUGCUACAUGGGUGAUCUAGGGUGAAAAACUAAAUGCAUUUUAAGGAUAGGAAAGUCUUGAUUAGCAGGAUCAGAAGUACUCCAUGAAUCGCACUGCUUUUGGUGAGUUCAUGACCUAAUUUGUGUUCUUCCUAAAUUUGUUGGUCAAUUUCCUUAAUCUAUGUUGAAACUCUUGCAUUGUCUAUUUUAGAUAUUGAUAUUGCUUCUUCCCUAGAAUGCUUACUCUUUAUAUUCUGCUAUAGGUAUAGUUGUAGUGUUGAAUUCUAUAGUAGUUAUAAAACUCUAUUCUAAAAUUAGGCACAUUGCAUACUUGAGCUGCUAAAUUGAUUAAAAAGGUUGUUCCCUGUAUUCAGAUGUAUUUGUAUACAUGUAUCCUUGCAACUGAGCAUGUAUUCAUUUCCCACUAGAGAAAUGAAAUAUACUUUUGGAAAUCACUGUAACAUACUUGUAAGCUUUAUAAUUCCUUUGUAAAUUAACUGAAGUAUUAUGGUCAAUGUAUUCAACAAAAGCUAUUAAAAUGCUUGACCAAGUA